AGCAACCAGGCAGCAGCAGCUGCAAAAUUAACCAGCACAUCCAGCACAGCCAGUGCAUCAAGCGUCAAAAAUCAGGUUCUUGGUGUAUCCUGAAACGUCUGUACUCCAAUUUAGUUGCUCAUAACCAUUGGUUUUACGACAUACACCUUCAGAUCCAUAUGUCCAACAAGGGAGAUGAUUGCUAUUUUUAUUUCUACUCUACAUGCACUAAGGGAGACAACUGUCCUUUCCGGCACUGCAAAGCCGCCUUAGGAAAUGAAACCGUUUGCACUUUGUGGCAGGAGAGUCGCUGUUUUCGACAGAUCUGCAAGUUUCGCCAUAUGGAAAUUGACAAAAAGCGCAGUACAAUACCUUGCUUUUGGGAAAACCAGAUUUCUGGCUGUCAGAAAGGAAAUUGUGCCUUUCACCACACUAAAGGUCGAUAUGUAGAUGGUGUAUACAUAUCUCCCAGUAAAACAGAAAUAGGCAAGACUGAACCAAGUGAGAUGGAUAUACAGAUUUCGCAGAAUCCAAGCAAGCUUACAGCAGCUUCUACCACACAUCUACAUGGAGUCAAAACAAAGGAGGCUGUAGAAAAUGUCCCCAGUCCCACUCACCCACCUGUAGUUAUUAAUGCAACAGAUGAUGAUGAGGAUGAUGAUGAUCAAAUUUCAGAGGAAGGAGAUGAACUCAAGCCUUCUGGUCAUCAAGGAGCGCGGCAUGUAACAACCCAGAAAAUGGAUGUACUCAGUAAAGGUGUAAUAUCCACACUAAACGUUCAAGAACACUCUUCAAAUCCAGUGAAUAUAGAGAAGAACAUAACAGUUAUUCGCACUGUCAUGUUCUCAAAGAAUGAUCCUCCAGAUAUUCAUCGAAACCUGUCUCAAAGACUUGGGAAGCGUAAAGUUUUCUCUCAAGAGAGCCCUUCAGGGGGUGAAAGCUUUCCCGCUGUUAAGAAAACACUAUCUGAAAGACUUGGAAAGAAGAUGAUAUCACCUGUUAUUGCUCCUGAUGCUUACCAUAAAAAAAUUCAGGUUCCAAGACUUUUGAAGGAUCGACUGGGAUUGCCACCAGAACAGAACAGCAUAGAAACAGAGAAAGCUUCUAACCCUACUACAGACUUUCAUAUUAAGACCCUUCAAGAAAUCCAAAAGGAAAAAGCCAGCCAAAGACGGGAGCAACAGCUUAAGUGGCGGUCUAUCAAAAGUGAAGACCAUUUCUGUUUAAAAAGCCAUAUUUUUAUCAAGCCCCCACCUGGUAUUCAUGUUAAAUCAUUACAUGAAAUACAGGCAGAAAAGAAGCUAAAGCAACUGAAAGAUGGCGAACAGAAAGAUGAAAAUAAAGUAGACAAGACUGACUGCAGAGUGGGUAGAGGUUUGCACACAAAUCAAAACUUUGAAGAUAAGAAUUUGCCAGAAUCUGAAAAAAAAGAGGGAGGCAAAGCUUGCAAUAUUUGGAAACGCUUUUGUGAAAGAGGGAUUAAACCAUCACACCUCACUGGGAUUGUUCCCAGCAGUUCUGUCAGUUUAAAGGAGGCAAUUUCACAGCCAGUGGAAAAAGUUCAAAUUGAAACCCUAGAAGAAAUCAGGAAAAAAGCGGCUUUUAGAAUCAAACAGAAUCGGCAAGCCACAAAUACUGAAGUCCUAAAGUCUGUUUCCCAGCCACAAGUUAAGUCACGUCAUAAAAGGAGUGUGUGUCUUUCAAAACCUCAAGUAAGUAAAGAAACAGACCAAGAUACAAACCCCCAAACUGAUAAUGCUGCCACAGCAGCAGACACAAAGACAACAGUAAAUUUUGAAACGCCUGUCUCAACCCUUGUGAAAAUGACUGAAAAAGUUAGUAGUGACAAAACCUUUGGAGUACAGUCCCUCAACAAUGCAGAUUUCACUGACACACCGAAGAUAACACAGCAUGAAGUUGGAUGUUCUGUGAAACCAAGUAAAAUAAUACUUGUAAACAAAUCAAAAGUCAUGAAAAAACAUCAAACCAAAACAUUAUUAAAACAGAAAGCACAACAAAGCUCGCCAGUGGCUGAAGUGAAGCCUAUGAAUACUACUGUAACCUCAACUGAUAAAGAAAGAACAACAGUUUUGCUUUCAACAGCUGAAUCUUUGGUCUCUCAACAUGUAAGGAGUACUUCACCAAAACUUCUGAAAGAAAGUUUUCAGGUUCCCGCAUUAGAUCCUGGACAUUCGGGUACAGCGCCGACUGUUGUAAAGUCACGAAGAGCAAGUAUUGCUUUACUGGGAAAGCCUUCAAUUCUCACAGAAGACGACUUUGAUGAACUGAUCUGGGAUAUCUCAGAUGGUAAACUAGAUGAUGAAAUUGAUCUGGAUCCCAGCAAAGAUGAGGAUGAUCUUCUAAUGGAAUUGUCAGAAAUGAUAGACAGCUAAACCUUGAAAAUCUGCAUAGAUUGUUAAUGAAUGGGUUAACGAAUCCUCCUUCAUUCGCAUUCAGCGAGGUCUAAAAUUAAACCAGCACCAUUAUUUUUGGAGACUUGAUGUUUUAUUUGAUUGGAUGAAUAUCCUUUAUUCUGCUAGAAUAACAUAUGCUGAUCCACAAUCCUCUUCUAAGAGAUUUGUGUAAUAGAUAAACUGACAACAUUUAUUUUGGUUUGUUUCUGUUUAUACAUUUUUGCAUUUCACGCAUUCAAAUGUUUACCAAGUUCAAUUAUUAACUUUUAGCUUGACCUGCUUUUAUAUCUUUUAGAAUGCUGACAACGUAUUUUUGGCAGUAAUUGCAGUCUAUGCUGCAAUUUAGAGACUUCAAAACCCUACCUAAACUUAGUACUUAUUUAAAUACAUAUUUCUACUUAAUAAAUUUGUUAACCACUGAUCCAGUCAGUAUCCUAAGUAUCCUAAGUAUCCUAAGUAUCCUAAGUUUUCAGUUUCAACCAGUCCAGUCCAUACCCAUUUGCUAACCCAUGAGUAAAAUAUGGCCAAAAUAGCCAUUAAUAAAAAGUGUAUAUAUUUGACUUUUAUAUUUUGAAAAAAAUCUGAAAGUGUGCUUUAAGUAGUAAUAUGGCAUAAAGUUAGAUGUGUAAGAGAAAUGUAAUCGCUUAAUCUUGAAAACUGUUCUAUAAUUUAACAAAUUAUUGUAAAGAACUACACUUUUUUUCAUUGGUUUAGUUUUAACUUUCCCUUGCAUGUUUCAGCCAAUUCAGCAUAACCAUUUUGUACUAGUCUGUGAAGAUUGUUAUUUGAUUACUCCUUAUCAUUCAAUAAUGGCUUAAUAUUGUUUAUUAUGUUAUAAUUCUUGUAAGAUGUUUUAUGAUAAUGUAGUUAUAUCUGGUUUAGCUUUGGUGACUAUGUGAUCUCACUUUAGACAUUUAGAGUAUGAACUUUUGAUUUGUAUCAAUUAACACAAAAAAAAAAAAAAGAUGUGUGUUUUGCAACAGACCACCAUGUUAUCUAAUUAGCAAGUAGAGCUUAUAACCCCUUAAGACAAGAAUAAUGAACAAUUGGUAUACAUUUAUAACAGGUGCAACAUUUACAGUACUCAUUAAAACAUUUACAUUUUUAUGUUUUGA